CGCAACCACAGAAGCAAGCUUUUGCGACUCCUGUUUACCCACCCAGGAUCGCAUACCCCCCCCCUCCUCAUACUCUCGCAGCCAUGACUGUACUCAUGCGUAGCUUCGUCCGCAGGGCCGCAAAGCCCGCUUUCAGCAACUCAACCGUCCGCCGUCUGGCUACCGAGGCGACCACGUACGGUGCCGUCCGAUCCGUUAUCGGUGCCGUUGUUGACGUGCAGUUCGAGGCUGGACAGCUCCCAUCCAUUCUCAACGCUCUCGAAGUCCAAGGACAUGAGGGUGGUCGUUUGGUUCUUGAGGUCGCUCAGCACUUGGGGGAGAACACCGUCCGCACCAUUGCUAUGGAUGGAACUGAGGGUUUGACCCGUGGCCAGAAGGUCCUCGACACUGGAUCACCGAUUCGUGUUCCCGCCGGUCCCGAAUGCUUAGGGCGCAUUAUGAACGUUAUUGGAGAGCCCGUCGACGAGCGCGGCCCUAUCAAGACCAAGCAGCAGCUCCCUAUCCACGCCAACCCCCCGGAAUUCGUCGACCAAUCCACCGUGCCAGAAAUGCUGGAGACCGGAAUCAAGGUCGUCGACCUGUUGGCGCCUUACUCCAAGGGUGGAAAGAUUGGAUUGUUCGGUGGUGCCGGUGUCGGAAAGACUGUGCUCAUCACGGAAUUGAUCAACAACGUCGCCAAGGCCCACGGUGGUUACUCUGUCUUCUGCGGUGUCGGCGAACGCACCCGUGAGGGUAACGACUUGUACCACGAGAUGAUUACCGCCGGUGUCAUCCAACUGGAUGGCAAGUCCAAGGCCGCGUUGGUCUACGGUCAGAUGAACGAGCCCCCAGGAGCCCGUGCCCGUGUCGCCCUGACGGGCCUGACUAUCGCCGAGUACUUCCGUGAUCAAGAGGGUCAGGAUGUGCUUCUCUUCAUUGACAACAUCUUCCGAUUCACUCAAGCCGGUUCCGAGGUGUCCGCUCUGCUUGGUCGUAUUCCCUCCGCCGUCGGUUACCAGCCCACCUUGGCCACGGAUAUGGGUCAAAUGCAAGAACGUAUCACAACCACCAAGAAGGGAUCUAUCACCUCUGUGCAGGCCAUCUACGUGCCCGCCGACGAUUUGACCGACCCCGCGCCCGCCACAACCUUCGCCCACUUGGACGCCACCACCGUCCUCUCCCGUUCCAUCGCCGAGCUCGGAAUCUACCCCGCCGUCGACCCCCUCGAUUCCAAAUCCCGUAUCCUCGACCCCCGUAUCGUCGGCGACGAGCAUUACAACAUCGCCACGGGCGUCCAGCAGAUCCUCCAGAACUACAAAUCCCUCCAGGAUAUCAUUGCUAUCUUGGGAAUGGAUGAACUCUCUGAGGAGGAUAAGCUUACUGUGCAGCGUGCGCGUAAGAUUCAGCGUUUCAUGUCGCAACCCUUCACCACCGCCCAGGUGUUCACGGGUUACGAAGGUCGUUACGUCUCUCUCGCUGACACCCUGAAAUCCUUCAAAGCGAUCCUGGACGGCAAGCACGACGCUCUUCCCGAAGCCGCGUUCUACAUGGUGGGCGAUAUCGAGGAGGUGGGACGUAAAGCUGAUGAGUUGGCCAAGAGCUCCGCAUAAAGGGAUGAAAAGAUCAGAAUCGAGGAAGACUGAGCUGAGCGGCAUUCAGAGGGACUUUUAGAAUACCAUACCACAUCACAUCACCAUGCGUUCCUCCUUUUGUCUCUCUUCCUGUCUUUACUCCGUUUGUAAACGACCACAUCUCUCAUCAAUUACUUAUGUUGCGUCUUGGUGGUGCGGUUUGUUUUCGUCAUUCAGAGAUCAAAAAGCCAGCGGAUGUAUCGUGGUGAAGCGUCUCUUUUUUGCCUCCAGAUGUCGGGACUGCCUGUUUUUCCGGGCACCCCGAUCUACCUCCUUCUCACCAGACCAUCAGACGUCAUGUACGUACAAGAAUAUUUCGUUCACCACCGGCAUCCUUUGCCCCUGAAUG